AUGACUGGAAACAAUUGCCCCAAAAAGUCUAGAUUCAACCAACCACAACAGGCCAUCCCGGAAGAGGAGUUAGAAGACGACGAAUUCAACACAGGCGUUGACCAGUUCGAUUGCAACUAUCCUCAACCUGUAGCCAGGGCGUGUGAGGAACGCGAGGAAGUCGACGAGGCCGAAGAAGAGGAGGACGAGGAGGAGCGCUACUCGGGCAAGACUGGCUGCAGGCGAAGCUUCAACAUGGCGACCACAGCAGCAGUCGCCUCCUCGGCGACACAGGACCUGGACCAGCUGCUCGACGAGCUUCGACUUACCAGCAUGAACAUCUCGUCCGGCAGAAGUCCCUCGACGACGGCCUCCUCCGGCGGCUUUCUCACCUCCGGACAUCGGUCCUACCUGACAACAGCGUCGUCCAGAUCUCCCGGCCGCUACUACACCAAUCCCACCUCGUCGAGGUACCCCGUCGGCGCGUCGACCGGCUCGUCCGGCCAUCGUGCCGCUUCAGUUGGCCUCACGGUCCGUGACUGCGGCGCCCAGCCGACCGGCGGCACCGGAGCCCUCGGAGGCGUCUGGAACUCGCCGUCGUCCGGCUCCAGUUAUCAGCACCACCGGCAUUCGUCGACGCGCUACGCCGCCUCGAACCAGCCGACCGGCGCCGGUGGAGCCAACUUCAUGCAGUCGACCAGCCCAACCUUGUGUGAUCUGAAUGGUACCGCGAGUGGUACCGGCGUUUCGGGACUUUCCGCGGCUGGAAGUGUUCGCGCUGUGAAGGCGGCCAAUGCGGCAGCGUCAGCGUCAGCAGCAGCCUCUUACAUGAACGGAGGUCCACACCAUCUUCUGUACCCCAGCCCCGGAUCGGGCUCCGUGUCGCCAGCGCCUUCGAUGCGACAACACCAUCAGACCAUAUACACCACCACACUCAAUCAUCAUCACAAUCAACAACAGCAUCGACAGUCGUCACAGCACACCUUUUCGUCCAGACCGCCCAUGGGUCCUCCCAGAACCUGCAAUCAGAUUCAUUUGACCAUAGAUCCAGGCAGUGGAACAUCGACGGUCAAAUGCUAA